CACCCACCCGUCCGCCUACCGGGCAGCCCAGCGAGAGGGAGCGGCUGGAAGCGACGAGCGCCAUGGCCUGUCUCACCAUCUACAGCACUUCGGUGACCGGCUCUCGGGAGAUCAAAUCCCAGCAGAGUGAAGUGACCAGGAUCUUGGAUGGAAAGAAUGUCAAGUACAACCUGGUGGAUAUCUCCCAAGACAAUGCCCUUCGGGAAGAAAUGAGGACCAAAUCAGGCAACCCCAAAGCCAUUCCUCCCCAGAUUUUCAACGGGGACCACUACUGCGGGGACUACGAACUGUUUGUGGAAGCGGUCGAACAGAACACCCUGCAGGAAUUCCUGAAGUUAGCCUGAGCUUGCUUCUUCCCUGCCCCACAUGACAACCAUCCAGGACUUGGAAAUUCUGCAUUCCAGAUGGAUCACCUCCUAAGCGAUUGUCAGCUCUGUGCGACCAACCUCUUCUCCAACUGCCUCUGAAUUGCGCUCCCUCUUUCACUGUGGUCUCCAAAGACCAGCUGGUUCCUUUGAAUGCAGCUGGGCCUGUCUCCUCGUGCCUAUGGGGGGUAGACUGAUGCUAAUCUUCUCAUUAAGGACCUGGGAAAGCAGAGCUUUUCCUUACUUUUCUGUUCCCCCUUUUCUUUUUCAAGCUCAGACUGCCCUUGGUAUUAAAAGGGAAGAGCUGGUUGCUUCUUAUCACCAUAUGUCCUUCAAUGUGCAAAAUGUCAGUUCCUGUAGUUCCUCUUUCAUUUUAAACCAGGAAAGAGAACAGCAGAUAUCUGCUCUUAGUGAGAUUACUCGUGUCUAGCAAUGCAAAAAGUGCUGCAGACGGUCUUGUGCUCCUGUUGCCUUCUCUGCCAGUGGUUAGUGGGGUGAGCAUGUGUAUGUAUCUGUCUUAAAACAUGGUGAUGUAGCUCAGCCUUUCUUAAAAGUGGUUCUGGAGGGGGUGGCAAGAGCAUUUCUCCCAGUCCAUUAGUGCUUUUUUUCCUUAUGUCCCAGCUGGCAAUGGAAAACUCUUUCCUGCUCCCCAAGAGGGGAAAGUAAUUUCCACUCUAUUCUGGCCUCAGCUGUUUCAUGCUUCCCCUUUCUUGGAACUGGCUUUUUGCAAACUUGGACCAAGUGCAUUUUCUUUCUUUUUUUUUUAUUUCUGAAAGCAAAAUUUAUAAACAGCCAUGUUUUUGUUAAGAUGCCAUUAAAUAUUGCUAAAAACCUCCA